AUGGCUUUUUCCAGAAUUGAUGACAAAAGACCAUCUCGCCACAGCAGUGGUGUUAAAUGUCGCAGAGUGAAAAAGGGUAUGCCCAAAAACCUAAAACGUUCAUUUAAGUGUUUCGUAUGGAAUAAUCCGUUAUAAUACCACGCAAGACACAUACAUAGCAACUACACCUAGGUCUAGAGGUAGCAAAAUUGAUCCUAUUACUAAAAGCAUCAAACCUUCUAAUCGUACUGUGAGUGAUUAUAAGAAGAUAGAUUUGAGGCUUUAUUGUAUAUGACCCUCUCAUGAAAUGAAUGUCAUCACUAUUCAUGUACCUAUGAAAUUUUGUGUUGUAGACUUCCGUUACUUGUGAAUUAGGCAAAAAUCUAAAAUAAGUUAAGUAAUGAAUUAACUUUUAAGCAAAAUAGAUACCUUGAAAGCGGUGCAUUAGACGCACGUAAACGACUGGAAUUACGUAUACGAAAAUUGUGCCCAUUUUUAACAGAGCAAACGAUACAACCCUCCAUCUACGAUCGCCUUUGUACAUGUUAGUGGUUCAAGAAAAUGAAACCAGUUACAAAUUUUACAUCUUUUUGAUGAAACGUUUUCCUUAACAGUCAAGUAGUAAGCUGAAUUCUCGGGACAUUAUUUUACGAAUAAAAUCCUUUUCGAACCUUGAUUAAAACACCGUUUACUUUGAAAAACCUAUCCACGCUUUUAAGAAUAUAAUUUAAAUCGCCAUAAUUAGCAUAACUGAAAGGAGAGAACUAAAAAAAACAUCACGGAAGAUUUUUAGAUGAAUUAUCCAAGGGUUCAAAAAAUACAACUCAUUUCAAGCGACAUAAAUUACGGUACUACAAGCUCAUUGGCUUUCACAUAUAUUUUUACACUGGUCUUUCGAUGGAUAGAUAGAAACUAGAUAGAAACUUUAUUUAUGUUCCUUUAAACCUACAGAAAAUGAAUCAUUAAGAAAAAAAAUCCAUACAAUAUGUUACAAAUUGUUAGCUAAAAUACUAUGGAAUAAUAGAUGGCGUAGAUUCCUUUAAAUGGAAUGAUAGAAGGCAUUAUUGCGAUCCUUCUAGAAAAAUAGAACUGGCUCCCAAAAUUCAAUGUUUGACAAAUCAAGAAUGAAAUUAUAUUGUUCGACAAUGGAAGGGAAGAGAAAUAACCGUAAGUCUGUAAAUUAAGAGCCGGUUUGACUUGGGGAGGGAAAUAAACGUAAGUCUGUAAAUUAAGUGCCGCUCUGAAGACCCAGUAUUCUACUGUAGAUGACGAGUAGCAUAAACUAAAGGGCAGAACAACGACCGAUGUUUUACAAAGACGAUAUGGCUUCUAAGAUACUUUUUCUAAUCCACUUCGUUUAACUUUAUUGGCCAUUUCCAUUGUUAAUCUCCUUAAAUCUGAAAAAAAUUACUUGAAGGGAGUAGUUUAAUCGAGGUUAAAUGCAUGUGCCACAGGUAAGAAACGCUCAGAAGCUUUCAUUGUAGUGAUACCACUAUACGAGUAAAAAAUAGUUAUGGUAAAAUAGUCAUUGUUUCAAAGUAUAGUAAACAUCAUUUAGUUUCGCACCUUAAAGGAAGUUAAAUGGCGUUAAAGCUUUUCAUUAGUGAGACAGUAUCUUGCAUGUAAGUUCUGAAAGAACCACUGAACAACCGUGAAUAAACAUAGACCAAGGAAUUUAAACUUCAACUGCUGAGGCUGCUGCGCCAGAUUUGCUAUUUUUAAAGAUUGUAUCUGCUGAUCUAAGUGUUUAUGUGUGCUUGUGUUCUUCUUAAGGGUUUUGAGUUGUAAUUGUUGAUUUGUAGACUAAAUUAAAAAAAAAAUUGUCGUGGUUAACAUAUCUCAAACCACUGAGUUUGGCCACAAUAUUAUUAUUGUUAUUAUUAUUAUAUUCAAAAUAAAAAGAAAGGUCAAAAACAUACAACGAAGAAGGACAGAAAAUUUAACUGCAUUAAAAUAAUUCCCCUUAAACAGACAGCACCAUCAGAACAAUUUGUCAAAGUCAAAAGCUAUUCAAACAGUUCAAUAUUUAAUAACAAGUAACAUCCAAGUGAACAUAAAGAAAAAGGAAAAGAACUAUGCUAACCACGUACAAAAGAUACAAAAUAAAAGAUGCAAAAGAAAUUAUGCCAUGCAGAUCUUUGCUGUACAAAGUAAAGGGGCCGUCUUUAAUGUUUUCUCCUAGCUUAAAGUACUUUUGAGUUUUAAUUAAUCGUUGUUCAAACAACUUUUCUUUCAUUUGUCUUAAUUGGCCUUACUGUUGACAAAACGGACCAGCACAAUUUCGGGCGUUAAUUAUCAUGGUCCGUUUGAACGUUCGGUUGUACUAUUUUCCCUUUUAUAUGUAACUUAGGAAUUAAGGAUUUUGCAGCCCUCUUAUAACAGUUUUUCAAUUGCAAUUGUAAUUUGCAGAAAACAAUUACAAAUAUUUACCCCGCCAUUGUGUAAUCUUAUGGUGACCAAGGUACAAUAACUCUUCGUCGUUUCUCAAACUCAAUUUCAUAUUUUUGUAGCUGGGACGUAAGUUUGAAGUAAAUGUGGUUGAGAAGAUUCUCUUUCAAAUUGCGAUUUUAGAAAACGGGGAAAGAGAAUGAAUAACAAUUGCAUGAAAUCUCUGUUUAAAACCAUCUUGCAGUCUUGUUCGGUUGAGAAACCAUAAUAAAAAGCACUUUAUUUGAGUGUCAAUGUAUUUAGCACGAAAGCACUCAUUGGGGAAACUAUUUACGUCUCCUACUGAAGACGGGACCGCCAUUUUACAUGGUCAUCCGAGCCACGCGAAGGUCUAGCCAUUUUCAGGGCAAAGGCAGUACCUUCAUUUCUCAGUCAUUUUGAAACCCUGAGUAUUGGUCAAGUCCCGAGAAUCGAACCCGCGACCUCCCGCUCUGCAGUCAAUCGCUCUAUCGAGUGAGCUAAUCCUGCUGCGGUUAAAGCGGUUUUUAAAGAGGUUUUCAACUUCUUUCAGGUCGAAAACUCUCUUGUGGGAAAUUUCAAUGAAACAGGUCUCGCAGACAUUCUGCAAGACGUGACAUUUCACUCUAGGGCUUCCCUCUGUAAUGUUAUGGCGACCGAUACAAUCGCAGAAAACCCUGUUAUUCAUCAAUUUGCUAAUAAGAACACAAUUAACUACAUUAACCUCUCUGCGUAACUGUAAUAAGAAAGUUCAAUGCAUUUUCUUUGACGAAAUGUACCAGCAUAUUGACGCAAAAAAGCUCUCAUUUAGGUUAAAAGCGGAAGGCGUUCUUGUAGACCAAAAAGAGGGGAAACACUAUAAAAAGACAAAGUUCAAACAAACUUACGAAAGUUCUUUAUCGACGGUAAUUAUAAAGAACCAAUCAUUGCCCUUAAAAUAGUGAUGGUGGAUAUUUACACAGCAGGGAACCGAAAUUUGCUGACAGGAGGUAUUUACAAGUUAAAAAGAAGGAAAGAAACGAUUUCAGUUCUCAGUUUUUAAAGAGUUCAACCAAAGCUGAAAAGUUUUAAAUUUUCCAACGUAAAAAAUAUUAACAUAUACCCAUAAGCAACGUUGAUGUGUAACUCAUAAAUUCUCUGAACAUGGUAGAAAUUUAAUUAUAAUACGAAACAAAAGGAAAUCAUUCACUUAAAGCAAGUAAAGGUUUUAAUGCAAAAUGUGUGGUCCUAGCUUACGAAUUAUUUUUCAGUGUCACCGACGAGUUGUUGUAGCAAUGUGUGAAAAAUCGUCGGGAAUUAACCUUUGAACUGACAGACUUUAUAAUUAAUUUAUAAGGAGAGCAAUCCCUUUUGAACCCAACAACUAUUUCAUUCACAUUUUCCUCUCUGGUGUUAAAAUAGGACUCUUCCUCACUCUGAGUAAAUAAUUGACCCUGAAUAACGUCAAUUAGUUCAAAAGAAAGCUGGCGAGCAGUACAUUUAGAUUACUCCGUUUAUGACAGUAAAUUGCAUUGCUUCUUUUUGGUGAGUCUUUGUUCAAAAUCCUUAAUCAACAGCAUUCAAAAUAAACCCUCUGAUCUGCAUAAGCUAGUUCCUAAUUUCGAGGAGGUGAAAGUCUCCAAGCGUGAUCAUCCAAUCCAAGUCAACUAUGUUGAGCAAAAAUUCCCAUAUAAUACCGUGCAUUAUUGGACAAGGUUAUACAAAAUGUAGGGUAGUUGAAUGAGCUCCUUAAGUCCAUUCAAAUAUAAUGAAAGCUACAAGACAUUAUGUCCUGUUAUUUCUCACAACUAUAUGUGACAGAAAAACUCGUAUGUAGAGGAAAUGCUACUGUGUGGCAAUUAAGACGAUUCUGAAGAGUGGCAUCUUUAAAUGGUACCAUACAAGAUCGUUCACCAAAAAAGUAUCCUUCAUAAAGAAGCUGCGCGGAUUAGGUAAUAGAGUAAACUACUUAUAAGACAUAAGAUCCCAGAACAUUGGGGGAAUGAAAAUGCUACAGAAUGACCGUACUGAGAACAUCCGUCGGUGAGCAGUUAAUCUGUACACCUAAUUUGCAUGGUAUUUGCUAAGUGCAAACUUUAAAAAAAAAAAAAAACAUUUCAAACCAAAACUUUGAAAACGAUUAAAGGAUAUAUUUUGCCAACAUUUGACAAUAUAUACUGUCCGGUAACAUCAUUCUACAUUGCCUUUACCGAGGAGAGUGGAUAUAAUUUUCUGUUAUGACGAACACAUUUCUAGUUAAUUUGCAUAUCCAUACAAUACAACUGACUAUACCCCUUUCCACAGCUUAGCAAGCCAAUACGAUGACCUCGUCUAUCGUUAUUCCCAUAAGUGCAGCUUUUCAACGAUAAAAAAAACAUAAAGGCUAUAGUUCCAUGAGCUUUAUGCACCCAGUUUUUAUUGUAUUUCAAAACAUGGACUUUUCUCUCUUUUCUUGAAAGCUCUCAAUAAUCAACCAAGGCAAGGUAUUACAAAGCAUUGUUCAAAAUUGAUUACGUUACUGGGCGAGUAAUUUCUGCGCAAAUGAUAAGUCCUUUUCUGUUCCAAAAUUGCUAUUCAUCACUGCAGCUGACAAAAUACAGCCUCCCUUGCUCAUUUAACAGUUCUUGUAGUUUAAGGGCCACACCUAAGCAACGAACAGCAUGGAGAAACUUCUUAGAAUUAAUCGCGAAUUACCACGGUACACAUGGAAGCAGCUGAGGAGCCCCAGAAAACGUGGAAAAAACAAGAGGGCAAGAAAAAACAUCUAUUAUGGGAAACAGCAUAUGUAAUAUAAUUUAAAGGGGAAAAUAGUCAUAUUAGACAUUAAACUGUCAGACCUAGGGGACUCCCUUGGUCUAAAGGGUAAAUAUUACAAAGGGGUUAUCGUACAAAAUCCGUUGUAGUAAACCUACGCCAUUCUGCGAAUAAAAACUAGGGUAAACUAUGUGACUGUUUUGCAUGAAGAAACCUUCCUGUUUAUUAAUUUUUGUCGCUAACUUCUUUUUUAUAACUCAUUGAUAUAAAACUUGUCGCAUCACAAAAUUGCCUGGCUCAGCUCUAAAAACAGGCAGCCACUUGAACAAAGUCGCCUCAAGCACCUCGUCUAUACUCGAGAAAUAACACCAAACAAAAUCGAUCAGUCUAACUCAUCGAUAUGUGUGAAGUUAUAGUAAAUAUAUUCUGGGUGAAUAAAAAGAGACUACUUCAAAGAAGCUAAGCGAUGAGUAAAGAUGCAUUUUUUAGAUUUGAUCCCUUACUCUACAGUUAGCUCUAAAUUGCAUUAAACUGUAUUCCCGGGAAACACGAUAAGAAAAAGGUGUGACAAAACUCCAAUGGUUUGACAAGACGCAUAUAAACGCCUUGAAAACAUUUCCUAUAGAAAGAUUGGUGAAGAUAAGGUAACAGAAAGAGUGUAAGGUCGGGUGCAGAAGAGUUGGAAUGUAACUACUUUUGUGCUGAAAAGACGUGCUUCCCAUGUUAUUUUCUCAAAGUUACGUUAGCAGAUUCUACGUCAUAAGUUGUUUAAUCAAACAUAACAAAUCCGAACCCUUAGACACAAGCCUGUUCGUUUAAUAACUUGCUAAAACCUUCUCUGCAGAAUCAAUAUGCGACCCAACUGAGCAUCACUAUGUUAGUUUGACAAUUAAAUGCUAUGUUAGCAGAUUCUACCUCAUAAGUUGUUUAAUCUAACGUAUGAAAUCCGAACACUUACACGAGCCUGUUCGUUUAAUAACUUGCUAAAACUUUCUCUACGGAUUAUAUACGACGCAAUGGGUUGGUUUCUGAACUGCUGCGCUUAAAUGUAACCAAAACACUGUGUAACCAUUGCUGACUACCCAACAGCACCUUGAUGUGGCAAAAAAAAAACUGUUCCCUUUAAAACUCUUACUUUUUCACUCACAUUCAACUGCUUUUAGCUGUCAGUUACUAUAUUUAGAACAUAACGAUACUUUUCACUAACUUCAGUGUUCGUAGUUAAAUCUAAGAAAAUUACAAACUGUAUUUAUUCUGUCCAAAGAUGUCUCCCUGAUUUGAACAAUUAUACGAUAGGAUUUGGUCAACAGAUAAAAAAUUUAACACUGAUUCUAGAAUUAAAAAGCAAAAAUAAGCGGAGGACUUUGUUUUACACAAUACGGGAAAGGUUGUACAUUGGCAUGUACAUAUUGGUGAAAAUGUGAUAGAGUUGUAGAUUUAAGUUGAAGCCCAAGCCGCCUGCUUAAUCACAGAAUAGAAUUCCUCAAAUGUGUGAGGCGUUGCCUCAUAUUGAAGAAUAGUGACAUAACCUUUUAGAUACAAAUAAAGCGGCAAGCCACAUUUCUCUGUGGUAUAAUGGUUCCGAGCUAACUAUAAUGAUAGAUCCAUAUCCACUGAACGAAACCAACAUCACUUUAGAUGACAACGUUGUUUUUGGGCAGUAAUUCAAAACGGUAGGUAUAUAUCAACCCUUAAUGCUUUAUAGUACAAAAGCUAACUCGAAAGUAACGCAAAAAAAUGAUUAUUGAAAAAUAUCCUGUAAAAGGUGGUGUCGCCGAUACUGAUUCAUACAGGAAUUACAAUAGCGUGUCCAAAUUUCCAUCAAUAUGCACAUGAGAAGAAAUUUUACUGAAAUAAAGGGGAGCAGAAGUCAGUUUGUACAACUCAGGCUGGCUGGACAAAAGCAACAAAUUAUCUAGAAAGACAGGAAAUAAUAACACUCACGAGGGUUUCAAAACUAUGACGAGUUAAAUCCUAUAAAACACAGUAACAGACUUAUCCGGGAAAGACUCUCGGUCAUCGCUGAAGGCAGGCCACAAUUUGCAUGUGUGACAGAGUUUAUUUUGAGUCAUACGACACCUUCUUUUUAUACUUUUUUAAUUUGCUUCGCAAAGGAUGUGGCGAAACCUUGGCGGAAAUGAAAAUUAUGGUGUUCCAUGAAGUGUGAAAAAAAAUUGUCCUGAGAAAACAUUUGAAAAACAUUUUAAUAUAGAUUAAACAGCAAAGUGCUUCAGUUAAAGGACGACUCGCAAGACGUCUUUAACCAUUCAUUUAACCUAAUUAUUCUCUUUUGUUAAGAGACAACCUUUAUAUUGCCUGUUAAUGAGAUUUAACUACUUAAAUGCAUUUAAAGUGCGCUUUAUUGCUCACAUUUAUCUAAAACAACUAAAACAGUGCUGCAGUUUUGAUCCCAGCAUGUAAUGGGUUAAAGGGUAUCGUAAAACAGGGAACCAAAAAAGCAAUGCUUGUACCAUUUCUCCCUAAAGUUGAUUACUUCUUUUACAUAAUGAAACUGAAAAGCACUCCUAGGAAUUGACAGUACAGAUUUCUUAUAUUAAAGGGAAUUUUAUUUCUUUUAUUUCGCGUCAAAGCAAUCUAAACAUACUGUCGUUUAUUACUUAUAGACAAAGGAAAAAACGCACAGAAAAGGUUAUUAUCAUUAUUAAACAGGAAAACAUUUUUCAUAUAUGCAGAAGAUUGCAAGCAGAUGGAAGUGCUUGUGUUUUCGCAGGUGUCCGAAUGAAAGAUUCGCGUUGAUAAUUAUGUUAAUUGCUCAGGGCGAGGGGCAGAAUCUUGGUCACUUAAUACGCUUACAAACCUUGUCUUUUCCCAAAGGAAAUAUUACAAGACUACUUUUCCUAUUUGAAAAAAACGUUGCCUGUACAUUAUAAUCGCGAAAAUCAGAAGAGAACUUGAUAUUCUGUAGCGUGAGUUCCAGUCCUAGAACACACCUAAAUUGCACUAUAGGUCGUAAAAAGGUUUCAUGUCAAAAAACUACGUGCGAGUCAAUAUUUCUUAUACUUUGACCAAAAUAAAUUUUCCAAUCGCAUCACGGUUAAAGAUCGCGUAAAUAAGGUGUAUACAUAUCUCCAUUUAUAGGAUAUUCUUAUGUACUCUUCAGUAUGGCGAUAAGCAUUUUGCUGAAAGAGGUUCGUGAGUAUGUUCAAAAUUAUUUAGAACUUCUUAAAUAUGUUGAAGAGAAAAUUAAAAUCUUUGACCCUUUAAAUUAAAUCGAAGAUGAUAUUUUUAAAUGAACUGGCUUUGGUAACAAGCUGGCUUUAGUUUAGCUUAUAGUUUCAAAAGCUCUCUAAAAGGAUGGUAAUUCAUUUUCCUUACCCAAAUUCAAGAGACGUGAUAGCAAUUCAAAUUCAGUGAGCGCAAGUUUAUCACAAGGGAAAACUACAAAUCCAACAUUGUCGCCUUUAUGUUUCCGAGGACACUUCAUAGACAUUCUGAAACGAAAUUUAAUUGGUGAUUCGUUUGUUUUAAUUGUUCUCUGGGCCUUUAGAUUAUUGUUCGUUUUAUAAUGAAAUUACUUUCAGAAUAGUUUCCUUCCUCCUUCGAAUGAGCAGUUUCGCAAUACAUCAACACGUACUUUUUCAAUUUGCUAACACAAAAUUGUCUUUUUCUUCUAGCAGUUUGUAAUUUCAAUCUUCCUUUUAUGCAAAAAAUGGACAGAAAACCAAGUGGCAAAGAUGGAAAUACGUGUGUUUUUAAAGCUGCAAAAUUUUCUUUGAGAAUAUUCUUCUUUAACCCUACUCAUUUGCUCAAUUGCAACAUUUCGCUUUAAGAAAAGUUGUUUCUUGUACUUUAUUUUCCACGUCUUCAGGGCAACUCCAGUUCCCUAACUACUACGUCACACAUAGCCUGAAGCUAUUAGAGACCUUUAGAUUUGAGGACGAGAACGACUACGAGUACGAGAUUUGAUUUAAAUAAUUUUCGCGCAUUGUCAAAAAAUAGACACCCCGGAAUUCUUCAUUGUACGUUUUUUUUUCACCAGAAAAGUCAGCACCAUUAUCGUUAUUGAAGGAGGUUAAGACCUCUCCUGAUUGCAAAAUGCUAAAAAUUCUAACAUUUGAUAACUUGUUCCCGCCACUACGACACUCCCGCUAAAACUCGUAGUAGAAUGACGACGGCUACCACCUUUUCCCGCCAAAAUGACGCUGCCUCACGCGCGAGCACUACUUACUAUUGAGAAUAUCUCGUACUGGUAGUCGUUUUCGUCUUAGAGUCUAAAGGUCUCUAAUUAACGUCAAAUGUCAACAAAUAAUAGGUAAAGUCACAGACACUCCCCAAGCGGGUAAAGCUUCAACAUUAAAGCACUACUAUUGAAGAAAUAUAAAAUGAAGUAUUUUUCUUUCUCAUUGGAUUAGGCGUUCGGCAGACAAGAAAGAGCUUAGUUUCUUGGAUAUGAAAACCAGCAUGGCUGAAUAUACCAAACCGCAAACAAACCAGGAACUGCUUAGGUGAAGACCACCUUCCUAAGCCUUUCCGAUUGUAUAGUAGUGUCUUAUUAUCCCCAUGGUACUGAAAUUUUUGUCUUCAAAAGCAAGCCUCACAUUGAGGCUUACUCUCAAAAUUGUAAAAGUUCUGUAACGGGAGACCAGGAACAAUUACAAAAAGAAUCAUACCACUGUACCCAUAGGAACAAUACUACAAUGGUUACACUCAACGAAAAAGGACUUAACACGCAAUGACGGUGUUCAAUUGACCAUAUUCUAUAAAAUCGGAAACACGCAACACAAAGGUGGUUUAUCAUUUACAGAACCUUUCCAAACAUUCUGGUCAAAGAUCCAGUGGAAAAUGUCUAACACGAAGCAAGUGAACAUCUUCCUGUUUUUCUGUUGGGAAGGUUCCCAACCUGUAGACUGCGUAGUUAGCAGUUCUUAGCUGUUUGGCCAGAGGAAAAAAAGGUGGGAAAACGCCGGCGAAUCGCCCCUUUUUCCUCGCGGCUUCGCCGCGACAAACAAAACCACUAUUUCUUCAAACCAUCUUUGAUACCAGUUUUAGGCUUUUGUAGCCGUUUUCCAGCAAAUGGAGCUAACUUAUGCAGGUGGUAAACGUGAUUCCCGAACGGAAUUUGCCAGUUUAGCAUCCCGUUUAUACCAUUUACAGGAACUGAGAACUGACUGGUUUCCCCUUGUGAAUGAUAAACAACCCAAAAGAAGAUAACUUAAGUUUAGCAGCUAUUUCAAAUUACCAAGCUGUACUCGAGUAAUCCAAGAUAUUUAAGGUUAAUAGCAACAUUUUAAUUCUCCUCAUGAUGAUCGAUGCUACGAUGAGAUGAUGAGUAUGAUCAUGACAAAUAAAGAAUUUGAGUUCCUGACCGGAUCUUUACCCCAUUCCCUCCAAACCUCCCGAUGAUAAUAAUGAUUGCGAUGAUCACCCAUCACAAGAAUCUUCAUUUUUGAAGGAGGUGGGGUUUCUCGAAAGAAGAAGAAGAAGAAGAAGAAGAAGAAAAAGAAGACGACGAUGAUGUUCUUCAGUAA